UAAGCAGGUCCUCCCCUUGUGUUCCCAUGUUAUUGUCUCUCUCUCUCUCUCUCUCUCUCUCUCUCUCUCUCUCUCUCUCUCGCUCUCUCUCGCGGCAUCCCCCCAUCCCCCAUCACUCUAUGUGCUUCCAUACAGCCCUGAAAAAUCAACCGGAGGAAACCUUCACAGAGGAGAAAAGAGUAACCCUUACCAACCCAGGAAGAUCGCUCUAAACCGUUAUCAUAGAUUGGAUCUGGGCGAACUAUCUAAACCAUCUCACACUGAUUUGCAUAUCCAUUCCUCCUACCUCCUUCAUUUGCCUUUCCCUCACUGAGAAUGGCAAGCGGGCAUCCCACUGACAAAUUCAGUUUUCUGUACCCAACAGACACCAGUCAGAACAUUAAGAGUAAGAACAGGCUGUCUUCCACCAUGAACCCGGUGUACAGUCCAAUGCAGCCGGGAAACCCGUAUGGAAAUCCCAAGAAUAUGGCAUACACAGGUUAUCCAGCUGGUUAUCCAACAACUGCCCCGACUUAUACAGCCAACCUCUAUCAGACAGGGAGUCCAGGAUACCCACCAGUGCUGCUGGUGAAGCAGGCCUGGCCCCAGACGGCAUCAGCCCAGGCAGAUGGCUCCUAUGACCUGGCCAUGGACGCAGGCUCAGAGAGCAGGCAGUACCAGGCCUCAUCGACAGCAUUCAGAUAUACUGCAGGAACACCUUAUAAAGUGCCCCCCACUCAGAGCAAUGGAGCCCCUCCUCCCUACUCCCCAUCCCCUAAUCCGUAUCAGACGGCCAUGUACCCCAUUAGAAGUGCCUACCCACAGCAGAACCUCUAUGCUCAGGGUGCUUACUACACACAGCCGAUGUAUGCUGCUCAGCCUCAUGUAAUCCACCACACCACCGUGGUUCAGCCCAACAGCAUCCCUUCUGCCAUCUACCCAGCUCCUGUACCCACGCCACGCUCCAAUGGCAUGGCCAUGGGCAUGGUGGCUGGAACAACGAUGGCCAUGUCUGCCGGGACUUUGCUGACUACCCCUCAGCACACUCAAAUUGGAGCACACCCUGUCACCGUGCCAACAUACAGACCCCAAGGAACACCUGGGUACAGCUAUGUGCCACCUCACUGGUAGAGCUCACCUGCCGAUCAUAUCUGGAGUCAAACAUUGUAUGCAACUACUCAAGUCUUACAUCGGCGCUCUGUACGCAACAGAAACGUGCCACGUCUGUUUGCAAGAACAAAAGAGAAAAAGUGCAAGGGUCACUUUAUGCAUUCUUACGUGUUUUUGUAAAAGCUGCUUUUUUAUCUUUUAUUUAAUUUUUCUUUAUUCUCAUUUUUUGGGAUGAUGUUCUGCAUUAGUUUAUUUUAAUUCUCAUUGUUCCAUUGUUACUUCUGUAUGAACUCCAGAAUGAUUUCGACCAAUCACGCCUAUUCAAACAAUUUGUCUUUUGUGUUCAGUAUAAACGCUGGUGUGUAGGAAUGUACCGAUGCAAUAUCAGCACCCCUCGGAUCAUAAUCAUCCAAUUAUGCUGCCAAAUUUUGAAACCUUUAGAUAUUAGCACUGGUUUUUUUUUUAUUUCAUAUCGUAUUUUAAUUUUGGCCUUCCCAGUUCCCACACAAAAUCUUUUUUUAAGGACAUUUAAUUUCAUCAGUUUUCCCUAAUUUCAUUCAUCUUCUAUCCUCGAUAACAAGGUUGUCUUCCAGCUUGUAGCUGUUCAUGUAGAUUUGUAAGGAAUAUAUCAUUCGUAGGGCCGUGCAAACGUGGUUUAACCUUCAUUAGAAUAUCAAGUGCAUACAGUAAUCUUAAUUAUUUACUAAAUAGAUAAAGUUAGCGUGAGCCGGUUACUUUACAAGCUUAUGUGUCAGGUUAGCGUAAGCUUCUAAACUGUAAUGUGUAUAUUCGAUUUAUAAAAAAGUGCACGCAUGGGUGCUCUCGUAGGGAACGUGGCGGCACGCAAGCAUGCGCUCAUGGUGAAAACAAACAAACACGGUUUGUGGCGUAGAAAAUUGAGAAGAAAAAAAACGAUCAGUGGCACUUAGCAAGAGCCUCUGGUGUGAUGUCAUACCAGUGGCAUUAAACCUAAUCAAAAUAUGUGCCAACUUUGAGGCCAGACAGGAUGGAAGCUACUUUAACAGAAUGAUUAGGAUUGCAUACAGGAUUCAAAGGGAUUUUAUCGCAACAUAGAGAGCACUAAAAGCAAAAGAAAGGAAGAGACUUACAAACAAUUGUGUAGCAUUAAAGGGACAGUUCACCCAAAAAACGAAAAAUCUGUUCUUUUAAUCUGCAAUCAGCUCCAGGAUUAGAGUGGGUCUCAUCUAACCCCUGUUCCUCUGUGAAUUCUUGGGCUUAUAGGCCUGUAGUGGCACAGAUUUUAGGAGUAGAAAUGGAGUUGUUCAACGCAAUAAUCAAAACGGCCUGCUUGAAUGGCAUUUAAUCGUAACUUACAGCAUUUUUAGAGAGAGAAAAGAACGAAUUUUGAUUUCCUAUCCCAAGGGCCUCGCCUGUAUCCAUGACUAGCAUACUCAGAAGUGACAUAUCAUGUAUUCUAUGAAAUGUUAUCAUAUGAAUCAUUGCACAAUGACAAAUAGACAUAACUUAAUAACCAAUUAUACGGUACACUCUCAUAUUUAAAGAUGUAAUUAAGAAAAUCAAGCAUUUACUCUAUGAACCAAUAGUCUUGGUAAUGUCUCUGGAAGUAAUAUUAUUGUCCAUGCAAAACAGUAUCGCUCUUUUUGUUAUGUUUGUUGGCUAAUCAACCACUAUUUCGAUAUAGUUAGCUCAAAGUGGGGAGAACUGAUUCUCUGAUCUUAUGUGAAAGUUAUAACGUCUUGUAAUGCAUGUGUCAUGUGGGUGAAUGCAGUAGUGUAACCAGAUUGAAAUGAUGCCCAUAUGCAUGGUUGCAUCAUGUUGAAUUGCAGCUUAUGGGUUGCUUUAAAAUGCAUUACGUUGAAACACAAUCCCUUCCAUGUUCAAUUUAAGUAAAGGGAAUGAGUAAUGGCAUAAGACACAAAUUACAAAAAAUUAACCAUUUCUUGCCAUUUUAAAAAUAUUUUUAUGACAAAUUAGCACAUUUUCAUAAAAGUCUCAUUACCAUAAUACGUCCAGGCAUUUUAUAUUUGCUUUUUUUGUAACUGGUAAAUGGUCUGCACUUAUAUAGCGCCUUUUUAACCUUAGCGGUUUACACUGCGUCUCAUUCACCCAUUCAAACAACAAUGAUGGCAGAGCUGCCAAGCAAGGCGCUAGCCUGCCAUUGGGAGCAACUUGGGGUUCAGUGUCUUGCCCAAGGUCACUUCGGCAUGUGGAGUCAUGUCAACGCCAACCCUGCGAUUAGUGGCCGAUCCGCUCUACCACCUGAGCCACAGCCGCCUGUUAUUUUCAAUGAUUCUCAUUAAAUCUUCUGUACUGUAAUACCUUAUUUUGCUGUAUUACAUAAACAAAUACAGCAAUACAUUAAUAAAAAAUCUGUAUAAAUUAAAUGAUGUACAAUAAGUACUUUGCAUUUUAAACAAUAUAUCAUUCUUAGUGAGAAUUAUGCUUAGAAAUGUGCUGAAGUGUUACGAAUAUAGUUUCAUGAGGCAACAAAUCUUAAUAGUUCCAAAACUGGCUUCAUUUCCAUUAAGCAAAAUAUGUUUUCUUCUUUCUUUCUUUUGAUGUUUGGGGUGAAAUACGAUCCGGCAUGUUCUUGCCAGUAUUGCUGUAACUUUACCGUAUUAGGAACCAGAAUUAUGUUCCCCUUAAUUUGAGCAAAUCUGUUUGGCCAAAGCCAGUAUGAAUCAGUCGUUAGUUGCAAUAUUUGGUUAAUGAAAUAGUUUAUUCAAAGGCCCAAUAGCACAUCAGUAUAACAGUUACUAGUUACAUCUUCAAUUAUCAACUUUAAUAUGCAUAAUAUCAUCAAGACGUAAUUCAUAUUAGUCAAGCCAACCCCAUUUUUUCAUGUAGUUCCUUUAAAAAAAAGAAAAAAAAAGAUAAUUGAAUUUUGAUUGUUGAUUAUUGAAUAAGAUCCUAUUAUUCUACUCACAAUUUGAUGAAAUUGUCAUUCUUUCCUUUUACGCUUUUAAACAGUAUUAUAGCAAACAGUAAACCUUUUUUUUUUUUCGUUUGCAGCCAAUCAUUUUGCAUUACAAGACUCUAUUGUUGCAAUUGAUCACUGUAGUCGACAUAAUUAAUCACCCACUGGUCCGAGACCCAAACAGACCUAUAUCGGACCUCUACACUAGGGUUGGAGUUAUCGCAGAAGAUUUAAUAAAAGGUUGAUUCAAAUGAAAGCAAGUUACCAUCCACACUGACAUGUAAUUUAGGCGCUUUUUCCGUAAGUGUUAUUUAAAGUUUGAAUUAAUGAUUGAUGUUCAUUUUUCUUAAAUAGAAGAUCUUUAUAGUGGAUCUGGAGUGGAGUGAUACAGUCCAUGUGGUUGCGAGGCUUUUCAGAGCACAAAUCUUCAAAGGGUUUCCUCUUCCUGUUCUUUUAUUUUCCUCGUCUUUCACAUCGUCUUUUCAUUGAAAAGUAAAGGGGGACAGACUUUGGCAGUCUGCAAAUAAGAAAAGAAUAGUUAAUAAGGCAAAAUUGUUGCAGAUACUUAUAUGAAAAACAUUUUAACAUGGGGUCAUCAUAGUUUUGUUCACCCAAAAAGGAAAUUCUGCCAUAAUUUACUUGCAUAAUUUUGUUCCAAAACACAAAAGGAGAUAUUUGGCAGAAUGUUCACAGUGCUUUUUCCAAAUAAUGUGAGUGAAUGGGAAUGGACGCUCUCAAACUCUGAAAAGGACACAAAAGCACCUUAAAAGUAGUCCAUAUAAUUUAAAAUCUGACAAAUCAGAAGUAUGAAUAACUUAAAUUGCAUUUUUUUUUUUUUUUUUUAUACAAAGCUUUAAUAUGGCUUCAGAAAACUUGGAAUAUAGUGCACACAGUUAUAUUGACACUUGUAUGCCGCUUUUAUGUCUCUUUUGGCGUUCGACAGCAUUGGUCCACAUUCAAUCUCAUUAUCUGGAAAAGAUUCUGCUAAACUUCUGCUUUUGUGUUCCACGGAAGAAAGAAAAACAUACGUAUUUGGAACAACACGAGGGUGGGUAAAUGAUGACUGAAUUUUCUUUUUUGGGUAAACGGCCAACAGGUCUACUCUGAUAUGUUUAUGCACACCACACAUCAUUCCAGUGGGGGCUUUUGGUGUAUAUUUCCAUCUUAAAUAGAUUGACCGGUUUUAUUUGCGAUAUCAGGUGGUCUGUUAGGAAUCAAUAGUGAGCAGAGUUGAAAUUUGCUCUGAUGUGGUAUGGAAGAACAUUUGGGUUUUCUGUUUGAUUCUUUUGAAAUAUCUUUUGAUGUUGAUAUUACAAACCCAUGCACUGUUCAGUUCUUUUCUUUCAGGGCAUCAAUCAAACGAUUGUUUACUAGUGCCCGUGAUGCAUGCAACGGGUAAUUAGCUCUAGUGAAGUCAGUGUCACGUCACCAGUCUGUAAAGGUAUUUCUAAAGUAAUUGUGGCAAUGGUUUCACAUUCUUGCUGAGAACCUGUCAAAUGUACCAUAGGCUUUGACACAAACAAAAAAAGGGGUUGCUAUUUCACGGUGUUGCUUAUAGGAGUGUAACACUACUGUUUAGGACAACAGCUAUUUGUGUUUGACCCAUACAGAAUAAAAGACUUAGUUGUUUGAAUUCUAAAUGUAAAGCAAAAAAGGGGAAAGUCUUCCAGAAUUUAUCUCCCUUCAGUGAGUGUUAAUGACCCCUUGCCCCAUAGUAUGUAUCACGCACUACAGCAUGGUUCUGGUACCAUCGAGACCAUUCCUUCAUGGUUCUUGCAGGUCAGAGCUAAUUUUCGCCAGCAUGGUCCAGACCGUGUCAUUCAACCUUUCGAGCAAGGAGUCCCACACCAGGCUUGUGAAAUGAAGUGUAAAUCUGUUUUCUUUUUUUG